CAAACAUAGCAUAACCUGGCAUAACCUUGGAAUGGUGGUUGACGUUUAGUGUUUAAACAAUUCGAACUGCGAAGUUUCCGAACCUGCAACGUAUUCAUUCCGCUGGUAAAAGAUAAUCCAAGUAUCUUCUACUGUGUCGUGUCGUUCCUUUUCCAUAAACAUGGCUAAGAGAAAAAGCAUUAACCGAGGACUAAGACGAAGCCCCAGGCAUAGAUCCAGCGACUCUAUGAAUUCCGCACUUCUCGAUCCGGAUACAGAUAUCGUGGGUGAAGGACGAACAUUUUGGUGGAAUAAUUUGGAGGAAAGUACACCCCCGCGGUACUCCCGGCUUUACAGUAAAAAUGAGACUGCUAAACAACUGAACGAAAAUUCACAAAUAGAUUCGACUCAGAGUCCUCCAGAGUGGUGGAAGAAUUUGGAAACCUCUAAUAGCAAGCAUGCCGCUUCAACAAAACACAAUUUUAGUGCAGGGAUAGUUAAACGCAAUAUACUGCAAAUUUCGACAUCUGAGUCAGAAAAAGAAUCGGAGCGCAGUUUGAAAAAGGUUCAGCUGAAAGCCACGAAGAGAAAGAGCAUUAACAAUGCCUUCUUGAAAGCAUUAGAUGAUACCGAAACAGCUGUCAAUACUAUUGAAACUAACUCUUUGAAUUUAUCGUCCCCAAAUAUUGAAAAGGCAAUGUCUAAUGCUAAUGAGAUUGUUGUUUCUUCUCAUGCAAGUGAUGAAAGCAUUGAGAUGACUUCUGGUAAAUAUUUAAAACCUAAAUCUCGCUUUAUACAGCGCGCACGAAAAAGCAUAGGAAAAAAUGCCUUUGCAGAUGUUUUAGCCGACAAUAGCUCAAGUUUUGUGUUUGAUCCAAAUAAGGAAAAUGAUAAUAAUGAAGCUCCAUUAAUGUCACGAUUAGCAUCACUCAGUCCUUCAAAAAGAUCCAUCAAUAGAUCUAACAACAUCACGAACAAGAGUUCUCCAAUUCAUAAAAGUCCAAGAUUGUCUUCAGAUGUAACUAAAAGACAAUCAUUAGACUUGCAAGCAGGAGACGAUAGUAACACCGAUUCGAGCGGCUCGUUCUUGAAUAAUAAUAAAUCUCGCAGGAAGAGACUUUUUGAAGCCACAGCUUUGACGCCAAAAUCAAAACUUUUGCAAGAUUCACGUAAGAGUGUAACUAAAAAACCGAACCUAUUUGAGGAAAUACUUGAGGAAAAUGAUAAUAUUACUGCGAGAGAAAGUAAUGUUUCAGCUGAAGAUAAUCAUGCUUCUUUCAAAGAAGAUAAAAGUGAAAUAAAGAUUGUUGACGUACGUGGAGCUGUAGAAAUGGAAGUAAGUCCACCGAGAGACAGUAGAGCAGCAAGUGAAGAAAAGUCCGACGAUAUAUCUCUCACAUCAUCAAGCGUUGCAAUACAAUUGUUACACGUGCAAGCCGAAGGUAAUGUUGAAGCCAAUUCGAGUGGAUCAUCAUUGGAUAAUAAUAAAUCUCGUAAGAAGAGAUUUUUUGAAGCCUCAUCUUUGACACCAAAAUCAAGACUUUCACAAAAUUCACGUAAGAGUAUAACUAAAAAACCGAACCUGUUUGAGGAAAUACUUGAGGAAAAUAGUAAUAUCAGUGCGAGAAAAAGUCAUAUUCCAAUUGAAGAUAAUCAUACUUCUUUCAAGCGUGAUGAGUCUAUAAUAAGGAUUGCCAAUGUAAGUCGAUCUGAAGAAAUGGAAAAAAGCCCACAAAUGAAAGGGAAUAGAACUACAAAUAAAAACAAGUCUGACGAUAUAUCUCUCACAUUAUCAAGCGUUGAGAAACAAUUAUUAGAUGUGCAAAUCAAAGAUAAUGUUGAAGCCGAUUCGAGUGGCUCAUCGUUGGAUAAUGAUGAAUCUCGCAGGAAGAGAAUUUUUGAAGCUAUACAUUUAAAACCAAAAUCAAGAAUUUUAGAAAGUUUACAUAAGAAUGUAAAUAAAGAAUCUAUUGAACCAAACCAAUUUGAAGAAAUAUUUAAGGAAGAUAGUAAUAUCAGCGCGAGAAAAAGUCAUAUUCCAAUUGAAGAUAAUCGUACUUCUUCCAAGCGAGAUGGGUCUGUAAUAAUGAUUGCCAAUGUACGUCGAUCUGAAGAAAUGGAAAAAAGCUCACAAACGAAAGGGAAUAAAACUACAAGUGAAGAAGAUUCUGACGAUAUAUCUCUUACAUUGUCAAGCGAUCAAGACAAGAGAAGUAAAUCUAAAGAACUUAAUGUAUCAUUUAAACACAGAAAUACACAAGCAACAAACAACAAUCUCGCGAAUUUAUCAAAAUCAAUUUCUCAAAAGAAUACAGUAAUUAAAACACCAGAAAAACAAGCUUCUUUCAGCCGCAAAUCCACCAGGAAAGAAACUUUAGAAGAACAUGCACAUACUAAUACAAUACUGCCUGUUGGUAGUACGAAUAUUAAUGAAACAAUAAGACAUGAGACUGCAAGUGAUCAUGUACACGAUGAUGUAGAUAUAGAACGAGAUUUGCCCAAACAAAUGUCUAAAUCAAGUCCUAUGAAAGAACUUCGUGUUCUUCUGACGCGUUCUUUGGCCGACAACUUUCCAAAAAAUUUGUCAGAAACACCAAAGACUGCGAAUGUAGUACGUGAAGUUGUUGAUAAUUUACACAAUAACACAAAUAAAGAUUCAAGUAUACCAAAAAAAAUGUCCAAAUCAAGUCCUGAUAAAGAAGCUCGUUUGACGCAUAAUAGUUCUAGAAAUCAGUUCGAAACACCGAAACGACCGAGUCAAGAUAUGCAUAAGCGACUUCUAAAAUCGGUCGGUGAUAUUGAAGAAGAUGAUGUAAAUGUAGAUUCGGAUAUAAAUAUAGGUAGUGUUUCACAAAUAAUGAGUUCUACAAGAAUUUCUAAAGUUGGUACAAAUGUAGGAACACGCAAAAGCACUGGUCUGAGACUUGAAAUGGAAUCGUCUAAUGACGAAGAUGCAGAACGAGCGAGGCAAACAAUUCAACAAAAUUCUACUUUACUGGAGGCUGGAACGAGCAGUAAGACAAUAAAUCGACAGAAUUCAAAUAGGACUAGUAUUAGAGAGGGCAGAGAAAUUGCACGUAAAGUUGAAACAAGUUUAGGAACACGCAAAAGCAUUAGUCUGAGGCUUGAAAUGGAAUCGUCUGAUGACGAAGAUGCAGAAUCUGCGAGGCAAACAAUUCAACAAGAUUCUACUUUAAUGGAGGCUGGAACGAGCAGUAAAACAAUAAAUCAACAAAGCAUACAGAAUUCAAAUGGAACUAGUAUUAGAGAGGAUAGAGAAAUUGCACGUAAAGUUGGAACAAGUGUAGGAACACGCAAAAGCACUAGUCUGAGGCUUGAAAUGGAAUCGUCUGAUGACGAAGAUGCAGAACCUGCGAGGCAAACAAUUCAACAAGAUUCUACUUCAGUGGAGGCUGGAACGAGCAGUAACACAAUAAAUCAACAAAGCAUACAGAAUUCAAAUGGAACUAGUAUUAGAGAGGAUAGAGAAAUUGCACGUAAAGUUGGAACAAGUGUAGGAACACGCAAAAGCACUAGUCUGAGGCUUGAAAUGGAAUCGUCUGAUGACGAAGAUGCAGAACCUGCGAGGCAAACAAUUCAACAAGAUUCUACUUCAGUGGAGGCUGGAACGAGCAGUAACACAAUAAAUCGACAAAGCAUACAGAAUUCAAAUAGAACUAGUAUUAGAGAAGACAGAGAAAUUGCACGUAAAGUUGGAACAAGUGUAGGAACACGCGAAGGCACUAGUUUGAGGCUUGAAAUGGAAUCGUCUGAUGACGAAGAUGCAGAACCUGCGAGGCAAACAAUUCAACAAGAUUCUACUUCAGUGGAGGCUGGAACGAGCAGUAACACAAUAAAUCGACAAAGCAUACAGAAUUCAAAUAGAACUGGUAUUAGAGAGAGCAGAGAAAUUGCACGUAAACAAAAAAGUAAUUCAUUCAAGUCACUGAGAAAGAUAGACGACUUUUUCAAAGUAAAACAAACUCCAACAACACUAGAACAGUCGAACGGACGUGAACAGAAAUCCCAAGUCUUCGAGAAAAUGGAGAAGAUUAAGACAGAGUUGGAGAAAAUAAAGACUCGAGAGAUGGCCGCCAUGCAUAUAGUGACCGAUAAGAAAAAAUUUCCGUUAAAAAAGAAAGAUAUGAAAUCUGUUGAAAAUCUUAAACAAGCCACGAAAGUAAAGCCACUCGUGAAUCAUACGAAAGUAGUGAAUAAGGCAUUUCUAGUAAAUGGAAAGGUGUACAGAGCACCGAGGCUUCCGCGACCGAAAUAUUGGGCAACAGAUCGUCUCUAUAAGUUUCUGUGGAAUCACAUGGAACCGAAUUACAAACUCGCGACGAGAGUGAAGUCCGAAAAAUUCGUACAGGGAUUAGCCAAGACGGUCGCUAUCAUUGAGCGCCGUAAAAAUUAUGAAACUUAUAAAGCUGAAGUAAAUGCUCUGAUGAAGGAAAUGGCACGGUUGAAUAUUAUUAAUACUCGUAAUGACUUUUAUCAUUUUUGUCAGGAAUUUAUGCCGUAUGAAUUCCGCGUUAAAGUCGUGCCUAUGUUAAUGCCCGGCAAUAAAAAUAAUAUUCCUUACAAUUCAGAACUGUUACACAUUCCCUUACUCGAUGUUACUCAUGAGGAGUAACAUGUUGAAGAUAUAAUAUAAUUACAGUGCGAUACAUUAUAUUAAUAUUUGAAGCUUUGUAAUAUUUAUAAUAUCAUCAGCUUACAUAUGUAAUUAAAUUCUAUAUAAAAAAAUGUAUUGUUACUAAUAUGCUAUUGCUAUAAUAUAUUGUUGAUAAUGUUUUUUUGAUACAUAAAUGUAGGAGAAAAAAGGUC